AAACCUGAAGCUCUAGCAGCCACAUGUCCUGCCACCCGGAGAGAGCUAAGGGAAUCUACAUUAAUUUUCUCUGAACUCUCUCCAUCUGCUCCAACCAACACAUCUUCUUGUAUUCAUUCUUGAAAAUAUCGUCCUUCUCUCCAAACUACAAGCCAAACCAAAGUCAUCCCCUUUGGUUGCCAAAGGUGCUCUUUUUCUUCGUGAAAUCCUUCAGGUUAUCUAUCUCGUAUAGAAGAGGAUCGGGCGUGUGGGAUAUGAGGAUUGCCUGCGAUGUGUGCAAGACAACGGCGGCGGCAGUGAUCUGCUGCGCUGACGAGGCUGCGCUCUGCACCAAAUGUGACGUGGAAGUCCACGCAGCCAACAAACUUGCCGGAAAACACCGUCGCCUCCCCCUCAACUGCGUCUCUUCCAAGCUCCCACGAUGCGAUAUUUGCCAGGACAAGGCAGCUUUCAUUUUUUGUGUGGAGGAUAGAGCACUUUUCUGCGAGGAUUGUGAUGAGGCAAUCCACCUUGCCGGCACUCUCUCAGCCAAUCACCAACGCCUCCUGGCCACCGGAAUUCGUGUUGGCUUGACCUCGAUACAAAACAUGGGCUCUAGCAAGCAUCAAUCUGAGCCUCCAAAUUGCCAUUCCAUGGCUCAAACCUGUAAGAAAAUCGCCACAAAGAAGCAACCCCCUUCUGUAUCCUCUUCUUCCGCUUGGGCUGUCGAUGAUUUUCUUCACUUACCUGACUAUGAGUCUGGGUACAAGAAGGAGUCUUCAGUUGGAUUUGGAGAGCUGCCAUGGUUUGCAGACAUUAGCUUCUCUCCUGAAGGAGCAUCAGAGGGAUCAGUUACUCUAGCUGAAGUCCCAGAAAUGCUUUUCAAGCAACCGAGCAAUGAGGCUUUCUAUAGACUUCCCAAGGCAAGCCUCCCAUAUAGGAAUCCUCGAAUUGGGAUGCUGGAAGAUGAUGAUUUCUUUACGGUUCCAGACCUCGGGUAAAGCUUCAGCAGUUUGCAGAUGAGCCACUAUAUAUUUUUAUAAUCUUGUGAACAGGUUAAGCGGAAAUGUAUGGGGUUAACAUGGAGGUGGAUAGAUGCAGAAGAGUGGAUGCAACUUGCAAUUAAACUUUGUUUGUGGUGUGUUAUUGGUAUUUUGUUCUUUGUUUAAUGGAUAACGGAUUACUAUCACAAGUUGCUUU